UGGCCACGACCAAAGCGAAAGAGGCGAGUUCAGUUUAAAACAACCUUUCGUUGAAGGCGGUGCGAAGUUCUGUGCGGAAUAACAACAUAACUUCGGUUGCAGGCGCACCACGCAAAGCAUUUAACUCGAUUCCGGUUCGUCUCCCCCAGAGAAACCAAGCCGCAGAUGACGCAGAAGGGCGGAUUGUGGGGAGGAGCACCGCAGCUGUGGCCUCUCCUCCUGCUGGCAUCCAUUUCGAGCAGCUUGUGGGCUUCCGUGGCAGCCAGGACAGGACCCUCGCACGACAAGGUGGUGGUUUGCUACAUUUCCACCUGGGCGGUUUACCGGCCGGAAAGGGGCGCCUAUGCCAUCGACAACUUCGAUCCCAACCUGUGCACCCAUGUGGUGUACGCAUUUGCGGGUCUGGACAUCACCCAGGCGGCCAUUAAGUCGUUGGAUCCCUGGCAGGACCUGAAGGAGGAGUACGGCAAGGGUGGCUACGAGAAGCUGACCGGCCUGAAGCGCAGCCAUCCGCAUCUAAAGGUGAGCCUGGCCAUCGGCGGUUGGAACGAGGGAUCGGCCAACUACUCCACCCUGGUGGCCAACAACCUACUGCGCGGCCGGUUCGUUAAGCAGGUGUCCAGCUUCAUAAGGAAGUACAACUUCGAUGGCCUCGAUCUGGACUGGGAGUAUCCCACGCAGCGGAAGGGAAAGCCCGCCGAUCGCGAGAACUUCGUCCUGCUGACCAAGGAGCUGCGCGAGGAGUUCGACGAGCACGGCCUGCUGCUGACCUCCGCCAUCGGGGCUGCGAAGAAGGUCAUCGACGAGGCCUACGAUGUGCGGCAGAUCUCGCGGUAUCUGGACUACCUGCACAUCAUGUGCUACGACUACCACGGCAGCUGGGAUCAGAGGGUGGGCUACAACGCACCGCUCGCGGCGCCCGCGGAUGAUCCUCUCAGUGUGCAAUUCUCCAUCGAUUACCUCCUAAAGUUGGGAGCUCCUCCUGAGAAACUGGUGAUGGGUCUGCCCUUCUACGGACGGACCUUCAAGACGGUGGCCGAAGGCAACCUGAACGACGUGAGCGACGGGAUUGGCUUCAAGGGACCGUACACCCGGGAGGACGGCUUCCUGGGCUACAACGAGAUCUGCCAGACGGUGAGCAACCAGACCUCGGGAUGGACGCGCGAGUGGGAUCCACAGACUAGCCAGGUGCUGGCCAAGUCCGAGCGGAACAUCUUCACCCAGGAGAUCAACGUGGUGACCUACGACAGCUCCCGCUCGAUUGCCAACAAGGUGCUCUUCGCCAUGUCCAAGCGACUGGCGGGAGUGAUGGUGUGGUCCGUGGACACGGACGACUUCCUGGGCAACUGCAAGCUGGACGAGGACACCUACGAGGACUUCCGCAAGGUGUCCGCAGCGCCCAAGCGGGUGAGCCUGAACUAUCCCCUGCUCAGGACCAUCAAUGAGGCCACCGUGCUCUCCGUCGAGGAGCUGGCUGUUCCAGAACCGCCGCCAGAUGACUCCGAGAACGAGAUUCCACACGGAAGCCCUGCGGAUCGGAGGAACCCCGGAGCUUCGGUGGUCAGUUUGGGCCUGGGAAUCACCGCCGUCUUCAUGCUACUGCACCGGAUGUCCCAGUGACCCAGUGAGGAGUUGGGUCUGGAGUAGUCUAAGAAACACAUCACCUUGUUCACGUAGUCAUUAAAGUCCAAAUUGUAAUUCAUAAGACAAAUCUAAGUUUUUCAUUGAUAUUGGCAGAGGUCCUAAAAGGUUGAUCAUUGAAUCUCUUCGAGCUCCCAUUAAUAAGGUCAUCGAUGUUUUGUUAAAAUGUUUUGGUUAUACUUGGUGUAGUACUUCUUUAAUAAAUUUAACUGGCGCUCUAACAUUUAA